UUUGCGGGGACGAGAGCUGAUUGGACGGGAGCGCUCACGACGUGGCAUCUCCACAGCUGCUAAUUUCCCUGCCUGCUGUCUAUGCCGAUAAUAUUUUUCUUCAUUCUCAGUAGAGCUCGCGAGAAGAGCACCUCCUCAUUGCUUCAAUUCCAAGCAUUUUUUCGAUGAUGAGAACUCCAUUUCUCUGAAGUUUACCCGCAGAAUAACUGCUGUAGGAGGAGCGGCCUGGCGGAUUCUGCUACUGGUAAUGACGAGCAAAAUGGUAGGAGUGGAAUCCCCUGCCCACUUACCACUACAAGAUUUCUGUAGAGCUCAAGCGUUCUCAAGUGCAAGUCGAGUUGUUUUCAGCACCUCUCAGCUCAAUUGCAGCAAUUUCAAGCAUCACAGGCUUUACUGCUUCGCUUUAUCGCACAAAUAUUCGUUUUACAUCGAUUCUCGGAGGAGAAAUCACAAGGACACUACGUUUUCGGCGUUUGUCUGUCGUUCCUCCUUGGCUCCGCUGCAAACUGAUCAGGAGGAUUCUCAAAGAAAGGUUCCUGAUGUUCAAACUUUGCUAAGAAGAUUCUGGAAAGUGGCUGCUCCGUAUUGGUCCUCCGAUGAUAAGAUUCAGGCGCGGUGGCAACUGGCUGCCGUAUUUGCUCUCACAUUAGCGACCACUGGAAUUUCCGUUGGCUUCAAUUUUCUUGGCCGUGACUUUUAUAACUCCCUAGCCAACAAGGAUCAAGAACAAUUUACCAAGCAAUUGUUGUACUACCUGGCAAGUUUUGCUGGUGGAAUUCCGGUUUUCGUUUUGAGAGAUUAUGCAAAAGAUACCCUUUCUUUAAGAUGGAGAUCUUGGAUGACAAGCUUUUACAUGGAUCGCUAUCUGAAGAAUCGAACUUUUUACAAAAUACAAUCCCAGUCAAUUAUUGAUAAUCCUGAUCAGCGGAUCGUUGAUGAUUUAAGUUCUUUCACUGGCACGGCUCUUGCUUUUUCCUUGACACUCUUCAAUGCGACUGUGGACUUGAUAUCUUUCAGUAACAUACUCUAUGGCAUUUAUCCGCCACUGUUUCUUGUACUUCUUGGUUACUCGCUUGGCGGAACAGCUAUCAGUGUCUUCCUUGGGAGGGGAUUGGUGACUCUAAACUUCUUGCAAGAGAAAAAGGAAGCAGAUUUUCGUUAUGGACUUGUGCGCGUUAGAGAAAAUGCUGAAUCCAUUGCAUUCUAUAAUGGCGAGGAAAAUGAGUUUUGAAAAUCUUAGUAAACUGUUGAUAUCUUCCAGAAAUCUGGAGUUCUUUACCAAUGGCUACCGAUACCUGAUCCAGAUUCUUCCUGCAGCAGUUGUUGCGCCCAUGUACUUCUCUGGCAAAAUUGAGUUUGGGGUCAUAAAUCAAUCUGUAUCUGCAUUCAAUCACAUACUUGGAGAUUUUUCCCUCAUUGUGUACCAAUUUCAGGCUAUCAGUGCCUUUUCUGCUGUCAUAGAUCGACUAGGUGAAUUUGAUGAUCUUUUAACUAGUAACGAGACCAGAAGUGACACGGAACCCACGGAAGAAAUUUCUCGUGAAUUUUGCAAUGUAAGCAAUUCUGUUGCAUCCAACGGAGCUCUGACCAUCAACAGAGGUUCAAAGUUACUAACAGUUGAGAAUUUAACCCUGUUGACUCCAAGUAAAGCAACUCUUAUUAGGGACUUGUCAUUGGAGAUCUGUGAGAAGGACCAUCUGCUGGUUACAGGACCGAGUGGAAGUGGUAAAACUUCAUUACUAAGAGCUGUAGCUGGUCUUUGGAACUUCGGAAGGGGAACUAUAAGAUUCUAUGACAGAAAUGCAAGGGAUAAUUCGCCAUGCCUUUCUGCAGAUGCAGCUUCUCCUGAAGCAACCUUGGUGCAUGAGCACAACAAACACAAUACGAGAAAUUCAAGAGAUGUAUUUUUUCUUCCACAAAAACCAUACAUGGUUUUGGGAACUCUUCGUCAUCAAUUGCUUUAUCCUACCUGGAAUGAUGAUCUAGUACCCAUGUCAGAAAGUGAUACGCCAACUGGUUCACUGCCUUUCCUGAUGCGUGGCAAAGACAUGGAUGUGAGUCCUGUGAAGCCAACAACAGACGACUUAAUACGAGUUCUGGAAGAUGUUCGACUUGCUUAUAUAUUGUCACGGUUUGAUCUGGAUUGCACAUAUGAAUGGUCUAGUGUUCUCUCCAUAGGCGAGCAACAACGUCUAGCAUUUGCACGCCUGUUGCUCUCUAAACCAAACUUGGUUCUAUUAGAUGAAUCUACGAGUGCUUUAGAUGAAGCUAAUGAGGCACAUUUAUAUAAGCUAAUUGAAACUACUGGGAUUACUUACAUAAGCAUUGGCCACAGGCGAACACUCUACGAACACCAUAAGAAUGUCUUGCACAUAUCCCCAGUGGAACCAACAAGUGUGCUACCCAAUUGGCGCUUCGAGCCCAUCAAGAAGGACUCUGCAUACAACUUAUCAAAGCAGUAAAUACAAACUUCAUUAGACUGAGGUAUUGCAAUGUCCACUCUUUUGCUUAAGAUGGUAUAAACGGGACCAGGAUCGAUAGUCCCAAGAAAACAGUCUGGAAAAUUUCCUCUUUUUUAACUGAAAAUAUUUGUUUAGAGUUUAAGUUAUACCUUUCUGAUGCCUAGCAUUUGACCAAAUUGAUGUGAGGAAUUGUUGUCUAUUAGCAUAAUAGGCUAGGCUGUAUAAGUCAUGGAUAUCCCCAUCUUUAUGGCCCUGCAAAUCCUUCUCGACUCUGAACUUGCACUGCACUUGCUCCGUUCUACAUGUAUUUUUUUACGAGCAUUAAAAGCUGUUGGAGAAAUAGAUGUACAUGUGACUUAUUGAUGAACAUAUCUGUCAAGAAUUUAAUUAAGUUGUUUUAGAGUA